UGUCCUUCCUCGCUCCUUCCUCCCCUGCAACAUCGCCAUCAGGCCCAUCACCACCUCGCCCCUGCCUCUUUUUAGCCUCCCUCCUCAGCCGUCCCCCAAUCGUUCCAAGAAUGCUUAAUCAAUCCCAUUUGCCUCCCGCCGCCGCAUUAGAGCAGCGGCCGCCGCCAUUAACGUCCAUGGAGGCCCAGAAAGAGGAGGAGAAGAAUCUCAAAAUUGGGACGCCGGCUCUGGCGCCGUCGAGCUCCGACAAGCGGAUAGACCAGAAACAGCAACCGAAGAAGAAGUACGUAAAGCAGGUGACGGGGCGGCAUAAUGACACCGAGCUCCACCUCGCUGCGCGGCGAGGCGACCUGGCGGCCGUGCUUCGGAUCCUCGCCAACGUGGCCGAGCAGAUGGAGGAGGGAGAGGUGGUUGACAAGAUGGCGGCGGAGAUGACCGCGGUCGUGCAGGAGACGAACGUGUUCGGGGAGACGGCUCUGUUCACGGCGGCGGAGAAGGGGCACCUCGCCGUGAUGGCGGAGCUACUCAAGUACGCCGACAAGAAUUGCCUGCUGCGGAAGAACAGGUCCGGUUUCGACGCUUUCCACGUCGCCGUCAAAGAAGGACGUCAAGACGUCGUGGAGUUGCUGCUUCGCCACGAUCCGCUCCUCAGCAAGACCUUCGGGCCGUCGAACACCACCCCUUUGAUCUCGGCGGCGUCGAGAGGGCACACCGAGGUGAUCAAGCAGCUGCUCGCGCAGGAGGUGAGCAUGGUGGAGGUGGCGAAGCGGAACGGGAAGAACGCCCUGCACUUCGCCGCCCGGCACGGCCACGCCGCCGCGGUGACGGCUCUGCUGGAGAAGGACCCGCAGCUGGCCCGGAGGACGGACGCGAAAGGGCAGACGGCGCUGCACAUGGCCGCCAAGGGCCGCGACCAUGACGUGAUAACAGCGAUCGUGGACGCCGAUCCCGCCAUUGUUAUGAUGCCGGACAAGUUCGGGAACACGGCGUUGCAUGUCGCCACCAGAAAGAAGAGAGCAGAGAUAGUGAAUCUUCUUCUUCUACUGCCCGACACGCACGUCAACGCCCUGACGAGGGAGCACAAGACGGCGUACGACAUGGUCGACGAACUGACGUUCUCCGAUGAGUCCGCAGCCAUCCGCGAGAUCCUCUCCCGCCACGGCGCGCUGCGCGCACAAGACCUCAACCAACCCCGCGACGGCGAGCUCCGCCGCGCCGUCAAGGAGAUCAAGCACGACGUGCUCACCCAGCUGGAGCAGAGCCGGAAGACGAACCGCAAUGUCCACGGCAUUGCCAAGGAGCUCCGCAAGCUCCACCGCGACGGCAUCGCCAACGCCACCAACUCCGUCACCGUCGUCGCCGUCCUCUUCGCUUCCGUCGCCUUUGCCUCCAUCUUCGCGGUCCCCGGCGGCAGCGACGACCGCAACGGCGCGGCCGUCGCCGCCCGCGGCACCCCUUUUCGCGUCUUCUUCCUCUCCAACGCAGCUGCUCUGUUCACGUCGCUGGCGGUGGUCGUGGUGCAGAUCACGGUGGUGCGGCGGGAGACCAGGGCGGAGAGGAGGGUGGUGGAGGUGAUCAACAAGCUCAUGUGGCUGGCGUCGGUGUGCACCACCGUGGCCUUCCUGUCGGCGGCGUACAUCGUAGUGGGACGGAGGGUGCGGUGGGCGGGGGUGCUGGUGACGGUGAUCGGCGGCGCCAUCAUGGCCGGGGUGCUCGCCGCCAUGACGUACUUCGUGGUGAAGUCGAAGCGGCUUCGACGGAGCAGGCGAAGGGAGAAGUCGUCGACGGCGACGAGGAUAAGCUCCGUUUCGUGGCAUCGCGACUUCUCCGAUUCCGAUCAGUUCCAUCCCGUUUAUGCCAUUUAAUUCAUUAAUUUAUUUAUCAAUUAUUAAAAACAAUUUAAAAUUUUAAAAAAUAUAUUUAAUUUGUUUCUUGAAUCCGAGUAUCCGGCGACCUGUAGAACUGCCGUCAGCCCGUAAGGGUGAUAAAUUAGGAAGGGCUUCAUCCGACACCCUUUGUAUGAAUUUCCGGAUGUAAAAUAAAAAUAUAAUAAUAUUAUUAUAAUAGAGGAAUAAGUUUAUUUGAUUGUUGA